CUUCCCAACUCUCUACUCUCCUUUGGGCAGACAAGACCCAUGAAUAAGCGGUUAAACCGAAUUGUCCAGUUUGCCCUUGCCUCCUCCCUUCUCUCCCGCCAAAACAAACUGUCACACUUCCAUACAAAAUCAAAAACCCACAUUGAACAGCUUCAAGAUUCUAAAGAUUCUGUUUCUCUAACUUCUACACACACCCACGUCCAGAAAUUUGGAUUUUUAAAUGAUACCUUCACUAUUAACCACCUCAUCAAUGGCUACAUUAGGGUUCGAAAAAUUGAAGAAGCACACCAAUUGUUUGAUGAAAUGCCCGAACCAAAUGUCGUCUCGUGGACUUCACUCAUGGCCGGUUAUAUUGGCAUGGGUCAACCCAAAAUAGCUCUUUUGCUAUUUGGAAGUAUGGCGUUGAGUUUGGUUUUGCCCAAUGCUUUCACAUUUGCAACGGUUGUUAAUGCGUGUUCGAUACUUUCUGACCUCGAAACUGGCAAACGAGUCCAUGCUUGGGUUGAGAUUUUUGGUUUCCAAUCCAACCUUGUGGUGUGCUCUUCACUGAUUGAUAUGUAUGGGAAAUCGAAUGAUGUCGAUGAAGCUCGCCGGGUAUUUGACUUGAUGGGUUACAGAAAUAUUGUUUCUUGGACUUCAAUGGUUACAUCGUAUGCCCAAAAUGCGCAAGGCCAUGACGCCCUCGAAUUGUUUAGAGAAUUCAACAGUUCGAUGUUGGAUCGUCCUAAUCAUUUCAUGUUGGCCAGUGUGAUUAAUGCUUGUGCAGGCCUAGGCAGGCUAGUGACCGGGAAAGUCUCCCACGGAGUUGUGAUUCGUGGUGGGCAUGAUUCGAAUGAUGUGGUCUCGACUGCACUUGUUGAUAUGUAUGCGAAAUGUGGAUGUCUUGAUUAUUCUAACCAGGUCUUCCACAAAAUUCAAAAUCCCUCUGUAAUUCCUUAUACUUCAAUGAUCGUGGGAGCCGCAAAACAUGGUCUAGCAAAAUUGUCCCUUGAACUCUUUCAAGAAAUGACCAAGAAAAGAGUAAGUCCAAACGACGUCACGUUCAUCGGAGUCCUACACGCUUGUAGCCAUUCGGGUCUUGUUGAUGAAGGCCUUGAAUACUUGCACUCAAUGUACCACAAGCACGCGGUGGUUCCCAACACAAAGCACUAUACUUGUGUUGUUGACAUGCUUGGCAGAGCUGGCAGGCUUGACGAGGCUUACAAGAUAGCAAAAUCUAUUCAAGUGAAGCCAGAUGAAGGGGGUGUAUUAUGGGGAACGCUUCUUUCAACUAGUAGGCUUCAUGGGAGGGUAGACAUUGCUUUUGAAGCUAGUAAAUGGCUUAUCGAAUCAAACCAACAAGUUGCAGCAGCGUAUGUGACAAUGUCAAAUACUUAUGCAUUGGCUGGAAAGUGGGAUAAUGUUCAUAGCAUUCGUUCUGAAAUGAAGCGCGUUGGAGUUUCCAAAGAACCGGGGUGUAGUUGGGUCGAAAUCAAGGACCAUACUUACAUUUUCUAUUCUGGAGACGUGUCUUCAUGUCCAAGAGGGGGCGAAGUGGUGAGUUUGUUGAGGGAAUUGGAGAAGAGAAUGAAGGAAAGAGGAUAUGUGGGAGGGAGUGUCGGGCUGGUGUUUGUCGAUGUGGAAGAAGAAACCAAAGAGGAAAUGGUAGGUCUCCAUAGUGAAAGAUUGGCUCUCGGUUUCGCGUUGUUGAGUAUGCCUAAAGGAGUGACUAUUAGAGUGAUGAAGAACUUGAGAAUGUGUUGCAACUGUCAUGAGGCUUUCAAGCUGAUUAGUGAGAUUGUGGAGAGAGAUUUUGUUGUUAGAGAUGUGAAUAGGUUUCAUCAUUUUAAAGAUGGUUCUUGCAGUUGCAGGAACUUUUGGUGAUGUUCUUGUGAUAUGAUAGUCCAUUGCCUAUCAUGUUUGUGUGCCUACAUUUUAACUACCAACACAGAGGAAAGGGUAGCCCUUUUGCAGUGCAUGCAGGCUUGAAAUAAACAAAAUGUUGUUUGGAAAGAAGACAUCAUGGAAAGCACUGGAAGAUAUGACUUGAUGGUGGAUUGAAUUUUCAUGUUGGCAAAGCCUAAAAAGAUUAAUAAUACUUUCAAUAAUAUUAUUAUAAUCAACAAUAUUUAUAUAUCAAAAAUUAUUUAUCA